AUGAUUUUAGCUCUAUUGAAGGUUUUUUUUUUCUUAGUAGUUCUAUAGUCCUAUGGAGUCAGGAAGAAGCUCUUCACGCCUUUAAUGAGCAGAACGAAGAUUUUUCGAAUAUUCUGUUAGGAUCCAAUUUAGCAGUAUCUACAGGUGAAAUCGGAAAAAGAGGACUUAUUUUUUUUAACUUUUAAGGAUUCUCCACUCCCGAUGUCCCCAUUCACUGUACAGUUUUAGUAGCCAACUUCUAUAAGCACGUGAUCCUUGAGGUCCCGUAGUUGUGCCUGUCCGAGAAAAAAGUUUUUUUAGUCGUGGGCACAAAGUUGUUCGUCGGUAAACUUCGAGCAGGUGAAUUUGAUCAGGGAUGAGAAAGAGGUGCUCAAGGUCCGAGUAUCGGCUUCGGUUUUCCGGAGGGCCGCACGUCAGGUAAGUUUUCAGGGUUUGAACAAAUUGGGAUUUCUGGAGAUUAAGAAAGGCUGGCACGUUUUUGCGGUGGAAAGCACUUUCGUCGUCUUGGAAAACCUUCAACUUCAUCUCUUGCCGUUUCAAAAACAUAACCAAGAAGCAAGUUUCUUUAAACUUCUUGUUGAUCAUUUUUCUUCUAGGAGUGGAUCUUCGGUCUCACCUCUGCAGGGACGCUUCCUUUCGAUUUUGUUGCUUCUCAAAAAGCGGUAGAAAGGUCAAAAUUUUCGAACUUCGCAUGAAAUUUUCAAGUUCGAUGACUUUCUAAAAGCAAGCUGAACGUUUACAGGAUGGCUGAAGGCUGCGUAAAAUACCUGGCAGAAGCACACGACGACUUGCCUCAUCUCCAGCAGAGCCUGCUCAAGUGCGUGAACCACCUGGGUAUAGAAAUUUCGGACACGCGCGACAGCUCCAAAAGACACAAGUUGGUUCCUUGUUAACAAGAGACUAACCGUGUCAACUUUUAGAAUAACUUCCGCUCCUCGACGCCUUUUUGACUCCAACUCCUUUAGACAGGUUUUCCUCUCCUCCGCAUAUCGGACAAACAAAUCUGAGAGUUUCUCAUAAUUCCUCUCCAGAAAUCGAGUCUGGACUCAGGUGUGCUGUCGCCGUACGCUUUCAUGUUCCUCGGAGCCGAACGGGAUUCAGAUCUACGAGUCUUCAACUACUACGUCAGACACGUCGCCUCGUCCCUGUCAGCCCCAAACUUCAGCCUAAUAGUUUACCUUUUUCAGGUGUGUCAAUAUGAAAAACAAGCUUCAAAUGACGCCUUGUCGGAGGGAAGGAGUCGAAUCUCCUGCUAUCCAAGAAUCCACAGAUUACUCUCAAUGA